AUGCUCUCAAUCCACGCUCAGAUGAUCAAAACCGGCCUCCACAACACCAACUACGCCCUCAGCAAGCUUCUUGAGUUCUGCGUUCUUUCUCCACACUUUGACGGCUUUCCUUAUGCGAUCUCUGUUUUCGCGACGAUUCAGGAGCCGAAUCAGUUGAUUUGGAAUACGAUGCUUCGAGGGUACGCGUUGAGUUCGGACCCUGUUUCUGCUCUGAAGCUGUAUGUUGUUAUGAUUUCACUUGGGCUUCUCCCUAAUUCCUACACUUUUCCGUUUCUUUUGAAAUCCUGUGCGAAGUCUAAGGCUUUUGAGGAAGGGCAACAGAUCCACGGUCACGUUCUGAAACUUGGGUAUGAACCAGACCUCUACGUACACACUUCUCUGAUCUCCAUGUAUGCCCAAAACGGGAGACUAGAAGACGCACAUAAGGUGUUCGAUAGAAGUUCUCACCGAGAUGUGGUUUCCUACACAGCUUUGAUCACGGGUUAUGCUUCCAGUGGCAAUAUUCGGAGUGCCCAGGAGAUGUUUGAUGAAAUUCCAGUCAAAGACGUAGUGUCAUGGAAUGCAAUGAUUUCAGGGUAUGCGGAAACCGGUAGCUAUAAAGAAGCAUUAGAAUUGUUUAAAGAGAUGAUGAAGACGAACGUUAGGCCAGACGAGGGUACAAUGGUCACUGUACUUUCUGCUUGUGCUCAGUCUCGUAGCGUUGAAUUGGGUCGUCAGAUAGCAUUAAUAGCAUGCGUCUUAUUCCUUAUCGUCAUUUCCAUAACAUUUGUUUCGAGUUCACCAGGCAACGGAGAAGUUGAGGACGAAACGGAGUUUAACUACGAGAAGGGAGGAGGGAAAGGGCCAGAGAGAUGGGGAACAAUAAAGCCAGAAUGGGCCAUGUGUGGGAAAGGCACAAUGCAGUCUCCUAUUGAUCUUACGGACAAAAGAGUCUUGAUUGAUCAUUCUCUUGGAUCACUUCGUAGCCGUUAUUUACCUUCCAAUGCCACCAUUAAGAACAGAGGCCAUGAUAUCAUGUUGAAAUUUGGAGGAGGGAAUCAAGGUGCAGGUAUCAGUAUUAAUGGUACGGACUAUCAACUUCAACAGAUUCAUUGGCACACUCCUUCCGAACAUACGAUCAAUGGCAUCAGGUUUGUUCUGGAGGAACACAUGGUUCAUGAGAGCAAAGAUGGACGCAUCGCUGUUGUGGCUUUCUUUUACAUAUUGGGAAGACCCGACUCUUUUCUCUUUACGCUGGAAAGACAUUUAAAGAAGAUAACUGAUGCAUAUCAAGCCGAGGAACCUGUCGGAAUGAUUGAUCCUAGAAGAGUCGUUUUUGAAUCAAAACACUAUUAUAGAUAUUUAGGAUCACUUACAACUCCUCCUUGUUCUGAAAAUGUUAUUUGGUCCAUCGCUAAAGAGAUGAGGACUGUGACAAGAAAACAAUUGAAGUUGCUUCGCGUGGCUGUACAUGAUCAAUCUGACACAAAUGCUAGACCGCUUCAGCGUAAAAACGAGCGUCCGGUGAAACUUUACUUACCAACAUGGCAUAUUUAACCAUCUCUCAAGUGUUGUUUUUGUUUUUGGUUUUCAUGUUUUAUCUAUGUUGACAACAAAAGGGUAACACUAAUAAAAUAUUUUUUAUUGAGUUA